CAUAUGCUAUAUGCAUAUCAAACAUUAUGAUGGAUUACUUUAAUGAAUCAAAAUUUUAGUUUGCAUUAAUCUAGAUUUAGAUACUCAAAACAGAAAUGUAUCUAUUAGAGAACAUUUUAUAUUUUUCAUGUUCUUAUCGUAAGGUGUGAUAAAUAAAAAAUUAAGUAUUUGCACUUGUAAAAUAACAAACAGCUAAAAUAGCUCAAAACAACAUAAAUGUUAGGUUAUGUUCAAGAGUGGUGUGUGGAAGUUUGAUGUUAUAUUUAAUAUAAUCUGCUGUCAGUAAACAGACGUUUUGAGAAUGUGCAAAUAUUACUGAUUUCCAGAAUGGCUCAGCACAAACAAUUUAUCAUAACACCAGAGACUUGUGUAGAUGACAUGUUAAAUGGUGUACAAGCAACGUAUCCUGGACUUUCUGUGGAUAUAAAGUCAAGAGUAAUAUUCCAUGCCCAGGAGCCUCCAAAUAACAACGGGAGAGUGGGUCUGCUGUCAGGAGGCGGGUCAGGACACGAACCUUUCGCCGCUGGUUAUGUUGGUGAGGGAAUGUUGACAGCAGCAGUGGCAGGAUCUGUGUUCUCUGCCCCUCCAGCCUCCCACAUAUUGACAGCUGUUUGCAAUGUUGCUGCUGUAUCCCCAGGUGGUGUUUUAGUUAUUCUCAACAAUUAUACUGGAGAUAUUCUAAAUUUUGGAUUGGCCGUGGAGAGAGCAAAAGCCAAAGGGUAUAAUGCAAACAGUAUAAUUAUAGAUGAAGACUGUGCUAUUGACAAGCCAGAAGGAGCUGGCAAGCGAGGGCUGUGUGGUUGUCUCUUUGUUUUAAAGAUUGCAGGAGGAAUGAGUUUGAUGGGCAAGACGUUAGAAGACAUCUCAAGUGAGUGUACAGAAGUGAAGAAGCAUAUAGUGACUCUGGGAGUGACUGUAAAGGCAUGUAAUAUGCCAGGACUGGGCUUGAUGUUUCAAAUUGAAGAUGGCCUUAUGGAGGUUGGAGUGGGCAUCCAUGGAGAGGCUGGUGCCUCAAAACAUCAGAUGCUGUCAGCUGAUAAAAUUGUUGAGCUUAUCCUGGAAAAACUGUGCAAAACCUUGAUUGUGAAGAAGGGUGAUAAAGUGUGCACUAUUGUCAACAACUUGGGUGGAUCUUCUCAGCUGGAGCUUUUUUUGGUGGCUGGCCUCGUUUGUGCUCAUCUAAAAACAAGAGGCGUACAAGUAGUUCGUCAGUAUGUUGGAACUUUGAUGACAUCUCUGGAUAUGGCUGGUAUCCAAGUGAGCCUGCUGCUGCUGCCUGCCAGUGACAAGCUGUGGUUAGACUGCCUAGACGCUCCUACUAAUGCGUUCGCAUGGCCUGGUAACUCUCUAACUCUGCAAACCACUUGUAGGAGAGAGAUUGUGAAAAAUCUGGAGGCAGACACUCAAAUGGAAGGUCCAACAAUUACCAGUGAAGAGGCAGUAAAAUUAAAGCAGUGUUUGAAGACUGUAGCAGAAGCAUUGAAGAGUAAUGAACACACAUUGAAUGAACUAGAUAAAGGGUGCGGUGAUGGAGACACAGGCAGCACUCUCAAACGAAUGGCUGAUGCAAUACUGCAAGAUGUUGACGAAAUUCCUGCAAGAGCUCCUCAAUUGUGUUUUUUGAGGCUAUCCAAACUGGCAGAAGAAGUGAUGGGAGGGACAUCAGGAGCUCUGUACAGUCUCAUGUUUGUGGGGGCUGCACGGCAUGUGCCACAGUGGAGUGCUGCCUGGCAAGGGGCCCUGGACAUGGCGAUGACCUAUUCCAACGCGAGACUUGGAAGUCGGACUAUGUUUGAUGCCCUGAUACCAGCAUGUCAAGUGUUCAAGGACAUCACCACCAGAGGAGGGAACUGGCGGGAAGCACUGAGUAAAGCUGUCGAUGCUGCAGAUGAAGGGUGCUCUAAGACCCAGUUCUAUAAACCUUUGUUUGGGAGAGCAACGUAUGUAGAUGCAAGCAACAUCAGGAGUAUGGAUGCGGGUGCCUACGGUGUGACAGUCUGGUUAAAAGCACUCAAAACUGAGUUACUGUAAACAUCUUAUAGAUUACCUGUUUUAAUAAUAUGCUGUGCUUCCCAACAAAGUAAUACUAAGCAAUUAGAUAUAUUUUAUAAUUUUAUUACUAAACCCUUUUAUUAAUAAAAUGUAUGAAAUAGAAUGAAGUUUCUUUCCCAAAUA